GGCAAAUUGCAUAUUAUUGGCUACGAUUAUAAGAUUAAAAGGGGUUAAUAUGUUUGUGGAAAGUUCCACAUUGCCUGAACUGUGGAUCUAGACAGGGUGUAUGUUGUUUUGCCUCAAUGAAUUAAAAUUUUUGUAGCGGACCACAAACAUAAAUAAAUAAAUUUAAUACAACUCAAACCAAUUGAGAAUACCUCAAAUAUCUGGCAAUGGUUACAGCCCACUACACUCAGUAACCUUCUUUCAAGAGAAGUUCGUUUCUUUUAUUUUAGUGGAGGUCGGUGAUGUUGCCAAAAACUUUAGUGGUGGGUUUGUAAUACAUUAAUUCACAGCCAAAAUAUUUUUUUACUAGCUAUUGGAGGCUUGGCCUUGGUAACCUAUUAAUCUUUUGUCUGCUUGACAAACAUUGGAGUUAGAUCUGUUUUAGACUUUUUUAGGGGGAGACAUUCAUGUUGGUUUCACUGCCGGCUUGUUCUUAACAUGCAUUUUUUGCAUUCAAAUGAUGGAUUCCAUGAGUUUGUCCUUUAUUUUGCCUAUCAGAAAAGAAAAGGAAAAAAAAAAAAACUGAAAAUUUUCUCCUACUGGGGUGUUAGUAAAGCCGGUGCUGACGUUUUUGACCUGAGUUCCUAGAAAGAACUCAAUUCUUUUGUCUGAUGUCCAAGUGAGUUUAAUCAUUAAGCCAAAUAUUUAUAGCCUUCCAACAACCUAUAGAGUUAAAGGCCAUUUCUUGCCAUAUUAUACCCGCCAUCAAUUGGAGGGAUUGAAAUGAAUAGAGAAGUUAGGAAUUUUCCUUUUUGUUGGAGCAAGAAAGAAACAUUGAACGCGGCAAUGUGAGCAACCUGGAAGAUGCAUGAACUGUUGGUCACAUUAAGGAAAAAUAAAUAAAUCAUGAUGUUUGGCUAGGAAGGAAAUGGUGGGAUAAUUUACCAGAGUUUUUUCCAAUGGCUGCUGCAAGGACCCAGAAAGCCUCCUCUUCCACGUCUCGAAGUACUUAUCAGGUGUCCUUGAGUUUCAGCAACAAAGACACCGGUUGGUCCUUUACAGAUCAUCUUUAUACAGCACUGGUGCGUGCAGGAAUUCACACUUUUAGAGCUCAUGAUGAGCUUGAGAAAGGAGAAGAUAUGGAGUCAGAAUUUCAACAAGCAACCCAUGAAUCCAAGAUUUCAAUAAUUGUCUUAUCAAAAGAUUUUGCUUUGUCAGAAUGGUGCCUUGAUGAACUUCUAAAAAUUCUCCAACGGAGGAAGGCUGUUGGACGUAAAAUUUUGCCAAUCUUCUAUAAAGUGAACCCGUCUGAAGUUCAGAUGCAGAUGGGGAGUUUUGCAGAAGCGUUUGCCAAUCAUGAAGAGCAAUUUAUGGUGGAAACAGAUGAAAGGAAAAAGGAAUGGAUGGAAAAGGUGGAGAGGUGGAGGGUAGCUCUCAAAGAAGUUGCAAAUAUAAAAGGGAUGGUCUUACAAGAUCAAGCUGAUGGGUAAUUUUCUCAAAAACCUU